AUGUGCCGGCGGGCGGGGGUGAACGGGCUGAUCCAGAAGCCCGUCACGCUCCCGGCGCUGGGAGCGCAGCUCCAGAGUAUAAUAGGGCAAUUUUCACGAUUCAAGUCUCGUCGUGGGAAACAAGCUGAAGCUGAGAAUAAUGCGGAGAAUGAUGAUGGAGGGGCCCGUAGUAAUACUGAGGGUGGAGGGGAUGGAAGCCCUUCUGAGUACUUAAACCUCAACCAAAAUGAUGAGGCGCCAGCUCAUACUGAGGAAGAGACCACAACAUCAGCUGCCGGUAGGGCCAAACGAGGUCGGAACAAGAUGCCUAAGGGUCGGUCUCUUAUUACCGAGCUCGAUGAAUUAGGUGAGCCCGUCGCUCCUGUCAAGGUGAUGGGGCCAUACAAGUCAGCUAUUGGGGUGGUGGUGAAGGAAAAUGUGCCCAUCACGUACAGGUAUUGGAAUGCGAAGGAUAAGACUUGGGUGGUACCGGACUCAAUCAAGGAAAUAUGUUGGGCCAAGUUGAAAGAAAAGUUCAUCUUCCCCGAGGAUUCAGAGCCAUUAGCACGGCGUCGAGCACUGUUUCUCAUGGGCAACUCUUUCAGAUACUUCAAAUUUACCUUGAACAAGCAUGUGAAGAAUGAAACUGAGCCAGAUUGGAAGGAUUUUCCGAACCAACGACCUUUUUGGGAACAGUUUGUCUUGUACAAGAGGUCAGAGGAGGCACAAGCUAGCAGCGCCACAAAUUCACAGAAUUGUAGGAAAAAUGAUAAGCCCCAUAAGACCGGCUCUCGUGGGUACAUUAGAAAAAUACCCGAGUGGGAGGAGCAAGCAGAGAGGCUGGUCCAUAGUGGUGUUACGCUGCAGACAGAUGGGUGGGAUCCUCGGGCCGUGAGGUAUCUUCUAGCGAGGGGUGCGUACUACAAUCCUGAUGGUUCCCUUGGUUUUCGUGAUCGUGAUGCUGAGGAUCUUGGACACAAGAUUCAGGAAGCACACGAGGCUGCUUCCACUGGCGCUUUCGUGCCAGACAGGGAGAACGAUGAGCUGACUCGAGCACUUGGAUCCAAAGAGCACCCAGGGCGCACACGUGGGACCGGCAAUGUUCCAUGGAGGUGUGCCUUCCCCGAACAUUUGGGCACAUACAGGAGCCGUGGGAGGAGGAAUGCUCAACAACAGGCCGAGUGGCAAAGUCUUUUACAAGCUGUCCGUGAAGAAGUAAAUGCAACGAAUGAGAAGUUUCGGGCUGAGCUUGUGGAAUCACUUUCCCGUGGUGCUCCCUUGGCACCAGGAGAAGCAAUGAGAGAUGUUGCGCCAGAUCUUACAAGUCCACAAGGGUUGGUCCGGAGUAGCUGUGGAAGCACUGCGUUGCCUGAGGAGGAUGUUGGAGUCACCUUCCCUGUGGAUAAGAUCACACAACCAACAACCUGCAAGCUAUACAUCCAUCAGAAGUUCUUUGAUAUGAAGGUGGCUGUAGGUCAGGCUUGGCCAAUCGGCGAAGGGGUUAUGCUGCAUAAUCGCCCUUUACCUGAAGGUUAUGCAAAGGUUACCGUUGAUUCGCUUGUUAAGAGGAAAUACAAAAAUGUGGAGUUGGAUAUCCCCGGUGAUGACAGUAGGUUGCUAGGGGAUAACAUCGGAGGAUUUGUGGCGUGGCGGAAACGCUACAUAAUAUUUGAAUCAGAAUCUGAGUCAUCCGAUGAUGAUCCUCAAGAGUCACCGGAGAGGGACCUACCUCCUUCACCAAAGUCCAACAGAGAAUCAAGCCCGCCGUCACCUCAAAGAGAGCUAACUCCUCCUAGCCCUCCUAAAAAAAGGCGAACAUCAUCGAGAACACAGAAAAUAUCAUCUCAGAAGCAAUAUUCAGAACCGGCAGAAAAGCCAGAGGGACCAUGUGAAGGGACGGGCAAGAAACAGACUAUGAGCGAAUUAUGA